ACGCGUAAUCAACACGGAAGCGGAUGUGCUUGAAUAAAUCCUGCACACUACCGAGCCGACAACGUGUAGCAUCUCGGCUAUUUGUAUUUGUGCAUAAUCUAUGAAAACAGUUGUGAUCUUACGUGUGUGAGACACCGAGGCACGUUGAUUCUGUUAUCAUGGAGCUGCUGACAGAUGCUCUGUUUUGGACCGGUGUUGUCACUGUGGCCUGGGUGUCGGUGUGCUCUCUGUGCUGUCUGCUUAACGGGAUUCGUGUGUGGAUUGUGGGGAAUGGAAAUUUGAUGAGAGCAUCCAAACUCGGGAAAUGGGCAGUUGUGACUGGGGCCACAGAUGGAAUCGGAAAAGCCUAUGCGGAGGAGCUUGCUCGACAAGGUUUUGCUAUAGUUCUCAUCAGCCGUACUCAAGAGAAGCUGGAUGAAGUGUCCAAAGCUAUUGAGAGCAAAUAUAACGUAGAGACCAAAACCAUUUCUGCUGACUUUGGAUCUGUGGACAUCUACACUAAGAUUGAGUCUGGACUGGCUGGACUGGAAAUAGGAGUUUUAGUUAACAAUGUUGGAGUGUCUUAUUCCUACCCGGAGUUCUUCCUCAACAUUCCUAAUGUCGACAGCUUCAUCAACAAUAUAAUCAACAUCAACAUUACAUCAGUUUGUCAGAUGACUCGAUUGGUACUGCCCAGGAUGGUUGACAGGUCUAAAGGAGUGAUCUUGAAUGUUGCCUCAGCGAGUGGCAUGUACCCAGUUCCUCUCCUCACCCUCUAUUCUUCCUCGAAGGCCUUUGUGGACUUCUUCUCCCGUGGACUUGAUGCUGAAUACAAAAGCAAAGGGAUUAUUGUACAGAGCGUGCUGCCGUUUUUUGUGACAACCAAGCUGAGCAAAAUCAAGAGGGCGUCUCUCGACAUCCCCACUCCAGAACGCUACGUAAAAGCCCAGCUGAGUACCGUAGGAUUGCAGACUCAGUCUAACGGUUACCUCCCUCAUGCCGUCAUGGGUUGGGUGACUACUGCUCUGCUUCCUGCAAAGCUGCUCAACAAAUAUGUUAUGAGCAUGGGGUUGUCCCAGCGUGCACGCUAUUUGAAGAAACAGAAGCAAGGUUAGAGACAGAAAAAAGGACGGACAGAGGGAUGAAGGAAUGGUGUGAUUAAAUGAGGGACCAGCAACAAAAAAAAA